AUGUAAUCUAGGUAAGCUAGAAAUUCUUUGUUUUUAUAUCUAAUGUUCCUUGUAUAAAUAAUAUCUCAAACAUUUGAACAACUAAUAUAAUUCCGGCUAUUACAAACCCAAAUAUGCCUUCAAACUAUUCAAUUACGAAAUUCAGAAGGCCGACCUUCAUUAAACAAUUAAUAAGACUAACUAUACUCUUACCCAGUAAUUUAGUUUUUAUUAUACAUAAAAUAUGUAGCAGCAAAUAACUAAUCCCAAAAAUAUAAAAAUAGGAAAUCUAUAUUGUAACUGAUGGCCUCGCUAAUAUUACUAAAGUAUAAAGCCAAGAAGAUGAAUUCUGAUAAUAUAUGUAUGAAAUAUUCAAUAGAGAAGCAUGAAUAAGUAAUGCAAGGGCAGAAUCAUCAUACUCCAUGUAUUUUGUCAAUAUUUUAGACAUUAAUUGACUUAUAUUAGGCAUUGAGAUCUAAAUUAAUGAAAAGAAAAUUAUGGAAAUUAUUUUAAAAUUAUUUUGUACAUAAAUCUCAUUUAAUUCAAGGUUUCAUCAUUAUUUACUUAAUUAUUAUAAAAUAACUGCAUACUCUUUUCAGUUGUUGA